AUGGCUGCUACUCCAAAUCCACAGAGUUCCUUGAAAAUGGUUUCUCGGUCAGAGUACAAUCUGUUGGAAGAGUGGGCUCCUCAAACCCUAGACGACUACUCAUGCAUCAAGAAUGACGGCCGAUCCGCCCAAGAGCAUCAAAGAGACGUGCAGACUCUACCCAAGAAGCUUCAGGGGAAUCCCUCUCCCAGACAAACUCGACAACGGUCGUCUUCGGUUUAUGAGGAAUGGAAGGCUCAGGUGUUUUGCUCUCGAGUGAACAACGCCGCCCCGACUGAGCCCCGCGCAGCACUGAGCGAUGUGAAUCCCUCUGAUGUCAACCAUCCUGCCUCCCAAGCCGCUCAUGACACCCACAUAGAGAGGGAAAAAGUCAAAGACCAUCCGCGUGUAGUGGUGGGAAAGGUUAUCACCAAUGACCAGAAACCUCCUCCGAAGAGCGCAGGACAUAGUGGUCGCAAUCCAAAGCCUUCCACCCGCAAUAGCGAGCCUCACAAUCCGAAGAAGACCAACAAGCAGCCACCCAAGUCAACCGAUUCUCAUAAGCCUAAUGCAGGGCAUAAGCACCCUAUUGGACCCAAAUUUGUGACACCAAAUGGUACCCGGAUCGGCGACGCUGAUCUGGAAAGGCUGGCUAUAGGAGUCAAAACUCAGAACGGAGACAAGGCGUGUUUCCUCCUUAGCUUCAUAGCAGAUCCCUGGAGUGGUAUGAAACCAAUCGAGACCAUGUGUUUUCCUCGCAAUGACUCGACGCCGCCCUUGGAGCAGGGAGCAUUGGCUAUCUUCAUCGACAAUCUUUGA